UUUGAGCUGGUAGUUGUUUGCUAUCCGAACUGGAAGGGGAUAUAUAGUGAUAUUGGUACUCCUGCCAGUGCUCUUCAAGCGCCAUUAAAUUAUCACGUUGUUCUUACAACAGAACCUGAUGCAGAUGGAGGCGUGCAGACGUUUGUUUACAAAGUUCCAGAAACCUGGAUGGACGUCAACCUUGCAUACUUUUUAUAUCCCUCGCCUGGAUUUAAUGUAAACGGUGUAAAACCAUGGAAUUGGGGAGACAUAAGUUUUAAAAAAAGGCGUUUUCCUGAAACUUCCUAUGUGGAAUACGACGUAGUCGAUUUGUUAACGGAAACCGGCCCAGUGCCAAAUUUCGACGCCAUAAGACAGAUGGAAGGCGCUCAAGUCCAAGUAGAACAAGACGAGAUAUCUAAUACGAGACGACGGAUAUCGACGAGACUAGAAGACGAGAUAUCUAACUCAAGACGGUUAUCAAAUAAACGCCCAUCUUCCGAAGAAAAAAAUUAUGAAAACCAUCCUGGUAUAUCACAGCUAGUAAAUUUGUCAGGUGACGAAGAAUCGGAAUGGGAAGGUCAAGCUGAAUCGCAUCCAAAGGCAGGAUCAUCGAAGGUAGCGAAGCGAAUUUAUGGCACUGCUGAAUUAGGUAAGAAAAGUGUUCCAGAUUCUCCUAAUUCUACCCCCGAGGAGGAUUAUGAUCAUCAAUUGUCACCUAUUAAGUUAUCAAUGAAGGAAGCCUCUAGGAAAAUGGAGAAGCAGAAUCUCGUUAUCAACAAAAAGUCCUACAGGCUUUAA